AGCAUUGAACAGUAUGAGGAGCCACAUUAUUCCAUUGGUUCUCCUACUCGGAAUCAUUUGUGCGGCUCUAGUUGCUGCCCAUCCGCACGACCUCAUUGGAGAUCCGGAAGAUUCUACGUAUGAUUCCUUGGUUGAAUCCGGCAGUGGUUACAGCAGUGCCGAAGAGUUCCUGAGUGCCAUGGACGAGCUGGUCAGACGGUGGCAGGAGUACGAUGCAGCCCAUGAGAGCUCAACCGACCACCCAAGUGUGGAUGACGACGAGACUACCUUGGAUUUCAUGGAUAUUACCACCCAACCGGCGAUUUAAUAUUGAAAAUAUUAGUAUUGCAUGUCAGCCUUCCUAAGUCACCCUCUCCUCAUGUCUGUGAAUAAACUAGUUCUUCAAUAAUAAUUAAAAUAAUUAAAGAAGCAAUACUAAAA